GCAUACCGUAUCAUCGCUCGUGUGCACUAAGGGGACGCGAUGGCUUCUACUACUGAUGACUUCGAGAUGCCAUGGGUGGAGAAGUACCGGCCGAACAAGCUCGACGAUGUGGUCGGGAACGAGCAGACGUUGGACCGGCUGAAAGUGAUCGCCGAGGAAGGGAACAUGCCCAACGUCAUCAUCUGCGGCCCCCCAGGGACGGGGAAGACGACGAGCGUCCACGCCCUAGCGCACACCAUGCUCGGUGAUGCCUACGCGAACGCCGUGUUAGAGCUGAACGCAUCGGACUCCCGCGGGAUCGAGGUUGUACGCAACACCAUCAAGAUGUUCACACAGAAGAAGGUCACCCUCCCACCAGGGCAGCACAAGGUCAUCAUCCUUGACGAGGCGGACUCGAUGACAGCGUCGGCGCAACAGGCGUUGAGAAGGACGAUGGAGAUUUACUCCCACACGACGAGGUUCGCGCUAGCCUGCAACGUGUCUACGAAGAUCAUCGAGCCCAUCCAGAGCAGAUGCGCCAUCCUGCGGUUCUCGAGGCUCUCGGAAGAGGAGGCAAUUCGAAUCUUACUGAGACUUCAGCAAGUGUGCGAGGCCGAGCAGGUGAGCUACUCGCCCGACGGCCUGGAGGCGAUCAUAUUCACCGCGGAGGGGGACAUGCGGAACGCGCUCAACAACCUCCAGGCCACGCACUCGGGGUUCGGCCACGUCGACCAGGCCAACGUUUUUAAAGUCUGCGACCAGCCGCAUCCAGGGGUUGUGCUGGAGAUCCUCAAGAGCUGUGUCGAAGGGGACUGCGCCAAGGCCAGCCGUCGCAUGAAGGCGCUCUACGACACGGGGUACUCGUCGAACGACAUCAUCGGGACGGUCUUCAGGGUGUGCAAGAACCAGCUGGAAGUCAACGAGGGGGCCAAGUUAGAGAUGAUCAAAGAGGUCGGGUUCACCCACGUGAGAGUUGCGGACGGGGUGAACAGCCUGCUGCAGCUCAUGGGCAUGUGCGCGCGAUUGUGCCGUGUGGCGCAGCAACAGUCCACCGCCCUCCCUUCAUAGCAGCCAUUUCUUCAGUUUUUUUGUGUCAAUACCACUAGAUAUGAUCCUCGUGAUGACAUGAUAGGAUCUCCCAUUGGGAAGUGUAGUUGUAACAUGAUUAGAGAGUUUUGUUCCCAAAGGUGGUGAUAUAACCAUGGUGGUAGCGGAAUUGCGCCAGUGGAGACUGGCCUCGAUGGCGAGCGGUGUUGCUGGCGGAAGGUGCGAGUGCCGUGUCACGGGUACGGGGUGAAAGGGUCUGCCACACAGCCCCACAACUUCCUGGAUCUUUCUUCGACAGGCGCGCGCGCGUGCGUGCACACGGCAGCAGCAACAACAACAGAGCGAAUGCAGGGCAGAGAAGACUUGCUCUCACUGUAAAAGGACGCAUACACCUGUCCGUGUGUUUGAGUACGAAAAA